AUGGCUUCCCGGCCUCCUCAACCUCCUUCUGGCCAGCCAGAUGCUCAAUAUGAAGAAUAUCAAAGCGAAGUUAUUACAGAGACGACAAAUCGCCCCAUCCCGGCUGCCGAUGUAAACGAAAUCACUCCGACCAACGAUGUCAUGGAUGAUAGAUAUGAACAUGGACAUGAUGACUAUGAAUCAGGAGCCAUGUACGAAACUGUCAGGACGUGGUCGCCUCAGUCUCGGCCUGAAUUGGUUCGAAUUGCCUCCGUCUUCUCGAGGGUGGACUCCCAUCCUGAUGUCGCACCCACUACAGAGGAUGGCGGCCAGCUAAAUCGACGAGAUACUCUUGCUGGCGUGAAGAUUGGUGACCCCGUCCUUGAUCCUACGAAACCCGAAUUUGAUUUCUACAAAUGGGCCCGUAUGUUCACCCAUGUUAUGGAGAAGGAGGGCAUCAAACGUAACAGAACCGGUGUCAUGUUUCGAAACCUUACUGUCCUAGGUUCUGGAUCCGCCGUGCAAUAUCAAGACACAUUCCUAUCUCCAUUCGCAGCCCCCUUUCGGCCUGGCGAGCUCUGCGGGAAAGGCAGGAAUCCCGAGAAGGUUAUAUUACAUGAUUUCAAUGGAGCAAUACGCGAGGGGGAGCUUCUCAUGGUUCUAGGUCGGCCCGGCAGUGGCUGCUCUACCUUUCUGAAAGCAAUCUGUGGUGAACUGCAUGGCCUUCAGAAGAAAAAGGAGUCCAUAAUUCACUAUAAUGGCGUGUCUCAGCAUACUUUCAAAAAGGAACUUCGUGGUGAAGCUGUGUAUAGCGCCGAAGAUGAACAUCACUUCCCUCAUUUGACAGUUGGACAGACCCUCGAGUUCGCUGCGGCUGCCCGUACUCCUUCUAAAAGAGUACUCGGCCUGAGCCGUAAGGACUUUUCAACGCACCUGGCGCGGGUCAUGAUGUCAGUCUUUGGCCUGAGCCACACCUAUAACACAAAAGUCGGCGACGACUAUGUCCGUGGUGUUAGCGGUGGAGAGAGAAAACGAGUCAGUAUUGCUGAAAUUGCACUUUCCGGUGCUCCAAUUUGCUGCUGGGACAAUUCCACCAGAGGCCUUGACUCAGCUACUGCCCUUGAGUUCACCAAGGCUCUGAAGAUCGGCUCCCAAGUUGGCGGCAUCACUCAGUGCCUUGCAAUCUACCAGGCUAGUCAGGCUAUAUAUGAUAUCUUCGAUAAAGUGAUUGUACUUUACGAAGGGCGGCAGAUCUUCUUUGGUCCUACUAGGAUUGCAAAGCAAUACUUUGAAGAAAUGGGAUGGUACUGCCCGCCUCGACAAACAACGGCCGAUUUCUUAACUUCCGUGACAAACCCCAAAGAGAGAAUAGCGAAGGAGGGAUAUGAGAACAGAGUUCCACGGACAGCUGUUGAGUUUGAACAAUACUGGAAACAAUCACAGAAUAACAAGCUACUUCUCGCUGACAUGGACCGUUUUGAGGCUGAAUACCCUCCUGAAGAGGGACAUCUUCAAAAGCUCCGUGAAACGCACGGCCAGGCUCAAGCAAAGCAUACGACAUCGAAGUCCCCAUACCGAAUCAGUGUGCCCAUGCAAGUGAAGUUAUGUACAGUCCGUGCAUAUCAACGCCUUUGGGGUGACAAAUCGUCUACAAUUGCCACAAACAUCAGUCAAAUUAUGAUGGCCUUGAUUAUUGGUUCUCUUUUCUUCGAUACCCCUCAGACAACGGAUGGUUUCUUCGCAAAGGGCUCUGUUAUUUUCUUUGCUAUCCUUCUUAACGGCCUUAUGUCGAUCACUGAAAUCAAUGGACUAUGUAAGAAUAUCGAUCCUAUCCUUCCGGAUGCUCAACGCCCGAUUGUUGUCAAACAUGUCAAUUUUGCAUUCUACCAUGCAUAUUCAGAGGCAUUGGCAGGAAUUGUGGCAGAUAUACCCAUAAAAUUUCUCCUAGCUUUGGCAUUCAAUAUAAUCAUAUAUUUCUUAGGAGGACUUGAGAGAUCUGCAGCGAAGUUUUUCAUCUUCUUCCUGUUUACUUUCAUCACCAUCCUUACCAUGUCGGCUAUAUUUCGCACGUUGGCUGCGGCAACCAAGACUAUACCUCAAGCUCUUGCUCUGGCUGGAGUCAUGAUUCUUGCUCUAGUGAUAUAUACUGGAUUUACCCUGCAGCCUUCCUAUAUGCACCCUUGGUUCAAAUGGAUUCUCUAUAUCAACCCUAUAGCUUAUGCCUAUGAAGCAUUACUUGUGAAUGAAGUUCACGGCAACCGCUAUAGAUGUGCAACGCCCGUACCACCGUACGGCAGUGGAAAAAACUUUGCAUGUGCCGUUGCUGGCGCUGUCCCCGGAGAAAUGUCAGUUUCGGGCGAUUCAUGGGUAGAAUCCAGCUACGACUAUAGCUACGCACAUAUUUGGCGAAACCUAGGGAUUCUUCUGGGUUUCCUAGCAUUUUUCUAUUUCGUUUACUUGGUGGUUUCUGAACUCAACCUCUCCAGUGCCUCUUCUGCUGAGUUCCUAGUUUUCCGUCGUGGACAUCUUCCAAAGAAUUUCCAGGGGUCCAAGGAUGAGGAGGCUGCCGCCGGCGGUGUCAUGCAUCCCAAUGAUCCAGCUCGCUUACCUCCCACCAGUACUAAUGGCACAGCGGGAGAGACCGCGCCUGGUGGCUCUGCUGUUGCAGUUAUUCCACCGCAGAAAGAUAUUUUUACCUGGCGAAAUGUCACUUAUGAUAUCACCAUCAAAGGAGAACCCCGUCGGCUGUUGGACAACAUCUCGGGUUGGGUCCGCCCUGGCACCCUUACUGCUCUUAUGGGAGUUUCAGGUGCCGGGAAGACUACCCUGCUCGAUGCAUUAGCCCAGCGAACUACAAUGGGUGUCAUCACUGGAGAUAUGCUUGUCAACGGUAGACCACUAGACUCAUCCUUUCAACGAAAAACCGGCUAUGUCCAGCAACAAGAUCUUCAUUUAGAGACAACAACUGUCCGGGAGGCACUUCGGUUUUCCGCAGAUCUCCGCCAGCCUAAGUCAGUGUCGAGGAAGGAAAAAUACGAAUAUGUUGAGGAUGUGAUAAAGAUGCUUAGCAUGGAAGAUUUCAGCGAAGCCGUGGUUGGAAAUCCAGGUGAAGGACUUAACGUUGAGCAGCGCAAACUUUUAACUAUUGGAGUUGAGCUUGCAGCAAAGCCUCAGCUUCUGCUAUUCCUUGAUGAGCCAACCUCCGGACUUGAUUCGCAGAGUUCCUGGUCUAUCGUUACAUUCCUUCGAAAACUUGCGGACAACGGCCAGGCAGUUCUCUCCACCAUCCAUCAGCCUUCCGGUAUCCUAUUCGAGCAGUUUGACCGGUUACUCUUCCUAGCCAAGGGAGGCAGAACUGUCUAUUUUGGAGAUAUAGGCAAGAACUCAGAAACCUUGCUGAACUACUUCGAAACCCACGGAGCAGAGCCAUGUGGUCCAAGUGAAAACCCAGCAGAGUAUAUGCUUAACAUUGUCGGUGCCGGACCAAGCGGAAAGUCAAAGAUUGACUGGCCAGUAGUCUGGAAAGAAAGUGAGGAAAGCCGUCAUGUUCAACAAGAACUUGACCGAAUCCAGUCGGAAACAAGCAAGAGGAAUGAGGGCCAUGGUCAAUCAGCUGAAAAGGAGCCUGGCGAAUUCGCCAUGCCUUUUACUUCUCAACUAUAUUGCGUUACCACUCGGGUAUUUCAACAGUAUUGGAGGACGCCUUCGUACAUCUGGGGAAAGCUUCUUCUCGGACUAGCAUCGGCAUUAUUCAUCGGUUUCUCCUUUUUCCUACAGAAUAGCUCGAUGGCAGGUCUUCAGAACAGCCUGUUCUCAAUAUUCAUGCUGACAACCAUUUUCAGCUCCCUUGUCCAGCAGGAGUCAGGGCUAACACGGCUACAGAUUAUGCCACGGUUCGUCACACAGCGAGACCUGUUCGAAGUCCGGGAGCGUCCCUCUCGCGCAUAUAGCUGGAAGGUAUUCCUUCUUGCAAACAUUAUCGUCGAGAUUCCCUAUCAGAUCCUCCUUGGUAUAAUCGCAUGGGCUUCUCUUUUCUAUCCCACAUUUGGUGCCCAUCUAUCGUCCGAAAGACAGGGAAUCCUGCUACUCUAUUGUGUCCAAUUCUUCAUCUUCGCAUCCACCUUUGCACAAAUGAUAAUUGCCGGUUUGCCAGAUGCUGAAACGGCCGGAGGAAUCGCCACAACUAUGUUCGGUCUGAUGGUUACUUUCAACGGUGUUCUUCAGAAGCCUAAUGCCCUUCCUGGAUUCUGGAGAUUUAUGUGGCGAGUUUCCCCUAUCACAUACACGGUGGGCGGCCUUGCAGCAACUUCACUGCACGAUCGAGAAGUUAAAUGUGCACAGAACGAGCUGGCAAUUUUCGACCCUCCGAGCGGUGCUACCUGUGCCCAAUACCUACAGAAGUUGGUAGAAGCGGGUGCUCCAGGCAAGCUGUACAAUCCAAUGAGUACUAGCCAAUGUCAAUACUGUCCGUUAUCCAGCGGUGACCAAUUCCUAGGAGGCUCCGAAAUACACUGGAGCGACAGAUGGAGGAACUUCGGGAUCGGAUGGGCAUAUAUUGUCUUCAAUAUCUUUGCAACCGUUGCGCUCUACUAUCUGAUCCGUGUGAGGAAGUCUUCUGGGCGGCCGAAUAGGAUAAUCAGCGUCAUUAUGUAUCACCUUAGCCGGGCUGGAACAUAUUGUCGAGCUUUUAUUACUGGAAGAAAGGAGAAAUGUCCUAGAAAACGGGAACAGAUCGGUAAGAUCUAUUGA